AUGGCAUGUUAUGAUCAAAGACGUUACGGCUCACAGGCAACAAUUGGGGCAUUUUUUGCGUCCCUGCGUCUGGUGGACGGUCUGGUGGACGGUGAGACAGAAUCGCGGUCGCAAAUUGUGGUCAACGUGAGAAUGCCUUCGAUUACAGACAUUCCUUGCGAGCUGGUGGCUUCCAUUCUACGAAGCCUGGACGACUUUGAGACUCUCACCUCAGCUUUGCUUACAUGUCGCCAUAUUUAUUCCUCCUUCAAGCAGAUCCCUGGCACCGAAUUGGCCAUUCUUCGUGGAAGAAUCGGGCUAGAUCUACUCCCAUAUUCCGUCGCGUCUUUGGAUGCGUCAAGACUUGAGCCAAGCCCGGGAGAUGAGAGUUCCUUCUGCGGCUUGCUCGACCUACUCUACGAUGACCCUUCACAGCUGGUAGCCAGAACCGCUUCGAUGCCUCCGGAACUCUUGCGAAAUCUGUCGCGCAAGCACGAUUGGGUGACUACCCUAGCACUCAACUGCAGAAAGGCCGUCGGUCUGUCUUCUUCCGAAUACUCCCGCUUCUGCCGCGCUUUCUAUCGCGUCGACUUGUUCUACGUCCUCUUUGGCGCGGUUGGGAACUUCAACACGGGUUUCGGAGAGGGCAACUUGCUCUUGCACAGACACCCGCCGUGGGAGAACGAGCAACUCGGCUGCGUACAUGACUUCAUUAAGGCGAAAUAUCAGGAAGCGUCCUCCGAUGUCUUUGCCUACAAUGCCCCCUUUGACGAAUAUCAGACCGACUAUUUCACGACCGGGGGAAAUAACAUCAUGAUACAGAUAUGGCUCUCUCACGGACUCGACUUCCUUCGUCGCUUGAUGUCGACAGAUUCUCACGAGUCUAAGCGAGUCCUACUUGUAUCGGCGAUCAAUGCCGGCUGGACUCAUCUCCCCGAGGCAUUGGUGUGUAUAAUGGAUUCUCAUGCUUACAACAGCACCAACUUGGAAGACAUGAGCACAUCCGAGCUCACGACGAUAAUUCCCGCCUACGAGAACAUUUGUAAUACGGACAAGGGGCCUUACGCGGGUUGGUAUGCGGCUAACACUUCUGUGCAGCCACUCUUCUGGGUUUACAGACUCGAAAACAGGUGGCUGAGGAGACGUGCAUACGUAUUUUGGGACUGGGUCUACGUUCGAGAGCCCGACGUUCUAAAGCUGUUUGCCACGACCAGUGAUGAAGACGAUUAG